ACUUGGUUACGAUUGAUAGCAACGAAAAUGGCAGCGUACAUGGCCUACGAAAAGGACUAAAACAAUGCUGUAAAUACGUCCAAAAGAGCCAAAUAUUUGUAUCAAUAAGGAUUCAAGAUGGAUGGAGAUAUAGCUGGUGUGAGAAUCAUACCUCCAGUUAUAGAUUUUUUGGAUGCAGAAGCAAACACCGUACAUUGCCAAACUGUGACAGUCAAAAAUAUCAGCAAAUGCAGCAGACAGAUCAAGUUCCACGGACCCAGCACAAAUAAUUUCAAGCUAAUAGUGAGUAAUCCUGCUAAACCUAUAGCACCAGGACUAGAGGUGACAGCAACAGUUGAAUACCGAUCAGAUGCAGUCGGAGAUUACCAAGACAGGCUUAUUUUGCUGGUAGAUGAGGAUGUUAUUGAAGUGCCCGUAUCAGCAUAUGCACCCCAGCCGGUGCUAGAGCUUGAGAGCCCUCUUGAUUUUGGGACCGUGGUUCGCAACAGUAAGGUUUUGAGUAAAGAGAUAUCUCUCUACAACCAUGGUUCCUUGGCUGGCAUGUUUAAGAUCAAGUACUCUGGUAACGAGCCCUUCACAAUAUUCCCUUUACAAGGCAUUGUCAAGCCCAAGUCUGUACAGACAAUUAAGAUUGAGUUUGUUUCCAAGAAGAGUGGGAAACUCAAUGAAGAAGCUGAUGUUACCCUGGAAGCGCAAGAUGCCACGACCCUCCAACUGAAAGCCAACGUGGUUGACCGAUGUCUUGAGCUGAUUGACCCUCGGUCUGGUGAUAGCAUUCAAUGCAUGCCCUUUGGUAGUACCUACUAUGGUACUGACAAGACAAGACUGGCCUACCUCUACAACAAUGGUCCAGAUCCAAUCAACUUUGUGACGGUACUGCAGGAAGAUGCUCUGGGUACUGAAGCUGGAACUGACCUCACCAAGACCACGGUAGCUACCCUGGCUACCAAAGGCUUGGACAAGGUCAAAGCCAACACCUGCCCGGUCAGUACACUGGUCAAGACCCUCCCCAACCAGGGGCAGCUCAGACCCUAUGAGAGGUGCCCUCUGUACUUCAGGUUCAGUCCCCGCUAUGACACGGCAAGCCAGGGAUGGAAGGGAACCUCAAGCCCACCGCCUAGGCAGGACUUUGCCCUCUACAUGAACAUCACGGUCGUGGGCAGUAGUAGUGGCUUUGGAGAUGGAGAAAAGAGUGACAAUCGCAGAGCGAACGAGGUCACCACAUUGGAGGUGGCCAUCACAGGCACAGCGCUACCGGUCCUCCUCAGCCUCGCACCCCAGACCAGUCUAGACUUUGGAGAGUGUUCCCAAGGGGAGCAUAUUGACACCCUCUGUAGCCUCAUCAAUGAGUCCACCAUGUUACCGGUCUCGUUCGUCUUCCAGCCGGUGGCACAGUUCGCUGUGGUUCCUUCGUUUGGCAAGCUCAGACCUGGCGAGGCUCUGGAUAUCAUCUUCUCCUUCAAACCAAACCAGUAUGGAUCCUUCAAAAAGCAACAGAUCAUUGAUGUAUUGGGCUCACUAGCUGAUGAACGUGAAGGCGAGAAUGGCUGGAUCCAGCCUAGUAGUACAAUCCAAGCCUCUAUUCAUACUCUAAAUGUAUCACUCAAAGGAAUAUGCAAUGCUGUCUUCAAGAAACUGGAACCCAAAUUCAACCCAGGAAUCACACCACUGGUUGUAGGAGAAGUAGGUCAGUUCAUUGAUGUCAAAGUGAAUGAGGCAGAGGCUUAUGAGCCCCGGGCAGCCAUGUUAGGAUCUACAAAAACCAAAGGACUUCAUUCUACCAAGUCCGCUGGUCAUGUUAGAGACGGCGACGCCCUGGUAGCGUACCCAAAUGAUAGGGCAAGGAGUAUACGACCAAGUUACAGGAGAGAGCAGUACAAAACCAUCUUCACCAAGACAGAGAGACACACCUAUGUGGAUCCUGACUAUGCCUAUGAUGAAGAAGAACUUGCAGAUGUCAUGGCUCACAAGAACAAAUACAAUGACUACUUGAAAGACAACAGAGGGAAGAGAGUCAACAAACUCAAAGCAAAAGAAUUCAAGGAACUGAACAACAAGGCCGAGAUUGGUAUCAAGCCUGCCUCUGGUCUCCGCCCUCCUAAACUCAAUGCUGAUGAAGUCAAUGAAAUACCGAAAUCUGCUCCGUUUGAAGAGAAUGGUCCCUAUGACAUGCUGAGCUCAAAGAAACUCGGUGACCGAGAAUUAUCCUCCACCAGGCAACCUAGUACAGGAGGACUCAAUGCUGUACCAAUGACGGCACAGGAGAAAAGUGAUUGCAAGAAGGUCUUAUCUCCUCAAGAGCUAUACCAAUUAGUCAUUGGACCACCAACGAUUGAUUUCAGUGAAGUUUGUCUCAAGUCCACCAGUGUUAGACAGAUGAACAUCAUCAACAAUCUGGAUCAGUUUAUUCAUGUGGUUGUAGAGAUUGAUUGUCGUGAGCUGAGACAGACUAGCCCCCUCUCUCAGGUAGUUCCACCCAACUGUAAGGCAGAGCUUCCUCUUAUCUUUGAGUCCAACACAAGGGGAAAGUUCACAAGGAAUGUGAAGUACACCAUCAACGGCCACCAUCGUGAUCAUGUGACCGUGUAUGCUGAUGUAGUACCCGUAGCCUUGGAGCUCUCUACUGAGCUGCUAAAACUAACCCCUACACCAGGCAUGCCCGCUGAAGCAGGUUUGCGGGAUGUAAUCCGUCUUGAGAACAAGAGGAACUAUCCUGCUGAGUUCACAUGGCAACCCAUCCUAGGAGAGAGAGGUACAGCAUUCUCUAUCAGACCAGCCACAGGUACUGUUGAAGCCUUCAAGGAUCUAGAAUGUGAGGUGGUCUUUCAUCCAUCUUACCAUGCCCCAGAGGACGGUGUGUUUGCUCUACAGGUGCAUGGUGGUGAGACCAUGAAACUCAACUGCCUGGCUGAUCUUGGAGUGACCCAAGUGAUGUUUAUGGAGAGAAGGGUAUUGUUUGGUCAGGUUCCUCUUCAUCUCACUACAACUAGGACUGCUGUACUACACAACAGCAGCAUCAACCAUGCAUACUUUCAGGUUGUAGAUCCAAACCCAGUCCCCGGCCUGAACGUAUCACCGGUCCAGGGCGUGGUACCAGUGGGCGGGACCACAGAGCUCAAGAUUCAUCUCACUCCUAGCGCAGUGAUGAAGUUUGAUACCAGACUGGAGGUUGCCAUCAGGGGGUGGAAGACGAUUGAACUCAGGAUGGGAGGAACGGUGGAACCUCCUCUCGUCGACAUCAAUGUGCCAUCUUUCCAGAUUGGAGGUGUAUACUGUGGAUCUAGCUUGACUGUUCCCUUUAAGAUUGUCAAUCGAGUGCGAACCAGAGCCAAGGUAGUCUUUGACCUGUCACGCUUCAGAGAUUUCUCUCUCAGAUUUGAUGCAGAUGUCAUGGAAGAGUCUGAAGACACCAUGAACCCUGGUGUGUACAAGGUCACGGUGGGCGGUGAGCAGACCAUCGACUGUGAGCUCAAGUUCAAGCCCACCGAGGUAGCCUCUUACGACUUUGUGAUGCCUGUAAACAUCAACCAGACCGAGGCUCCCACCCCAGAAGGCACCCCCUUCCCUCCCACCCCGGCCCCAUCUUCAAAGAGCAUCCAGCACAUCAUAGCACCACGCCCGGUGGUGGUGGCGGUGUCGACGCCCAAGAGGAGGAUCAUAGCCACCGCCAUGAGGCAACCCUUGCAGAUCUCUACCACAGAGCUGUCCUUCACACUGCCUUCAGGAUACCUGGAAAUGGGUCUGGCAGAAAACAUCCAGCAAGGCCAAUCCGUCAUGCUGGUCAACAACAGUGCCAAGAGACUUGAAUGGUCCUUUGACCUCAGGUCAUGUGGUAAGGCCAUGGAAGAGGGCAUCUUCCGCUUUGUCCGCUCCAACGGCGUGCCCUUCCUGACCUUUGAGAAGGGUCGGCAGGAGGUCAAGGAGAGCCUGGACCCGGGAGAGGUUUACACCAUGGGAUGCAUGUUCUGUCCAGAGGAACCUGGUGAGUUCCAAGCCAAGAUCCCCAUCAUCUUAGAUGGAGCCAAGGACAGACCUUACCAGUACCUCAACGUACACGGCAUCCUCAAGUCACCCCAGCUGACCUUUGACCCCUUGGCCAUCGUUCUAACCCCUGUGCCACUCUCCACCAAGGUGUCGGCCGACUUCACCAUCAGGGCUGCAGGCUUUAGAAGGGAGACUGUGAUUGAUGUUGAACUUCCUGAGGUAGAGGUAGCAGACGGCAGCAAGGUAUCUGUCUUGAGUGUGACCUUCCCUGACGGUCAGACCAUUCAACCUUGUAGCGCUGAUGAAGGUCAUAAGGAACCCUUUGUUCUCAAGUGCAAGGUGACCUUCAGCUCACCCAAGCCAGUCUCCUUCACCAUGCCUAUCAAGUUUGUGGACUCGGUUGGUAGCAGAUUCUCCAUCCCUGUGACGGCCACCGCCGACAACUGUCUCUUGGUGGCCUACCCGUUCGUGGCCAAGCACCGGACAGACUUCCAGAUCGUCACCGAGCAGGGCCACAGUCUACGAGCUCACAAGACAGCCUCCAGAGACUCCCUGACUUACAUGGGUGAGGCAAUGAUCAUGCCUGUAGAGUCGCCCAGUAGACCAGGUACCCAUACCAGUACCAGCACCAGCUCCAGGUUUGGAGCCACCACGUCCACCUAUGAAGAGACUGAGAGUGUGACAGAAUCCACAUAUCGCAGCACACCUCGAGAUGGCGCCGUAAACCGUGUCAACUACAGCAGCUCAGCUCCCGCCUACGAUGACUCUCGUAUGGGACUGGCCUCUCGUUCUCUAGGCUCUGCAGCCUUCCCUAACGAGGACUCUGAGGAAGGGAUCUUCCAUUCUGAGGUGCUCAUGGGGGUACAGAGAUGGAUCACGCUGCAUGGCUGGUCAGGCGGACCCUUCCCAGUCUCACUCCCUGAAGGACUUAGGAGAAAUUUUCGAAAAGCAGAUUUUAAGGACAAAAAGACAUUCAAAAGUGGUGUGUCCAAGGGAUCAGCAGCAGAAGCAGCUAGGGACAAAUCAAGCCAGAGCUCCCCAGCCUCCAACAACCAGAAGAGAAGCUACACCAAGACCAUCUAUGACCUGAUGGCUCAUCUGAGUGGGAGGUUGGUCCCUGGUAUCCCCAUCAACCAGGCCCUACCAGGAGACCCUACGGAGAGGGUUCUACAGCUCCACUGGCAACAUUCUACUCUACUCACAUUCUUAAGGAGCCAAGGAGCUGGUGUAGCCGGCAUCAAACCAGAGUAUCUGUUUGAGCCUCAGGAUUACCAGCGAUGGAUGAAGCUACAGGAACAGGUCAGGGAAAAGAAGAAAGCCAUGCAGGAAGGCAAAUCAACCGUUGCUAUCACCAUUGAAGAAGAACCUCUGGAUGAACACCUGUUUGAGUCUGUCUCCAAGAGGGCUUGGACUGACCUACUUCUGCAGACUAUCAAGGUUCUGGUCUUAGCCAGGAUCACACCUCGUCAGUUCCGCACCCUGCCUAGCCCAGGCCAUGUAAGCCUUCCGUCUAUCAACCAUGAUCCCCUGUGUAGUAACAUCUACUCUGUAGGAGAGCGUAUCCUUCUCUCCUGGCUCAACCAUCACUAUGAACACCAGAGGCAUAACAUAUGGAGCAACUGUGACAAAGCCUUUCUGACGUUAUACAAUCCUCCUCCAGGUGGUGUGCCUCCAUCGCGAUGGGUAGUUAACUUUGAUUAUGAUCUCUUGGAUGGUCUGGUCUUAGCUGCGGUCAUCGCCGCACAUGUCCCAUUCCUGAUUAAGACCCAUCUUCAGGGCAUGUACACACACCCUUCCACAGCGGAGCAGUGCCUUCAUAACGCUCUCAAGGUCGUCACUGCUUUCAGGUUCAUUGGACUCGAUUAUGACAUCCAGGCCAUAGACAUCACGGAUCCCAAUCCUAUCUCACUGAUGUUACUAUGCCAGCAUCUCUAUCAGAGGUUACCUCAGUACAUGCCUAAGACUGCUGUUGAGUUCACCACCUCACUGCAUUCAUCUGUUACUAGACAGGUACGCCUGACAAACCCCAGCAACAAGCCUCUGACCUACCAUGCCAUGGUGGCCGGCCGUGAUGCUCGAGACUUCACCAUCCCUCGAGGCAGUCAGGUCAUGAUCCAGCCCAAGGGCAAGCAGGACCUUCCUGUGAUCUUCACCAGUCGCUUCCUGCGUCCUGCAGAAGCCGUCCUGGUCCUGGUUGGUAGGAGGGUAGGAGCUGCAUGUGGGACUACCCUGGUCUUCAAUCUCAAGACUGCUAUUGAUAACAUCACGCCAACGGCCACCAUCAAGUGUGAGUCGCCCUGCUUUGAGCUUCAGAAGGUUGACGUUGCCAUCGUGAACCCAUUCGAUGAGGCCGGUGAGUUCCGCAUUGUCCUGGUGGAGGCUAAGACUCCGUUCCCUGGCAGUGACUCCAAGCAGAAAGGCCUCUUGAAGAACACCAAAGGCACUGUCAAGAGGGUCCGGUCCAAGACUGACCAUGGCCAGAAGAAGGAGAAAACACCAACUCCACCCAAGGUGGAAGAGCACAGCAUUGACCGCAACAUGUUUGAACAAGAGACUAGCGACACCGUUGGAUCCUUCUACUGCCCUGAUCAAACCAUCAAGCUAGACGGCAAUGGACCAGGGAUCGUUAGCAUUGACUUCUUACCCUUCUAUACCGGGAAGCGUCAGUGCUCUGUUCUCUUCAUCAGUGAGGCAGUGGGAGAGUUCCUCUACUCGGUGGAAGCCACUGCUACCCUUCCUCUGCCCUCACACCUUCCUUAUGUACCUACCAAACACAGUGUCAGGAUCAGCAGUGCAGCAGCAGCAGGUAAUGGCAGAGGUCUAUAUGGUGGAGACGAUCGCAUCAUCUACUGGCGUUGCGACAGUAACUCUGUCCUCAACGAAGAGGUCAUGGUGCCCAUCACCAACUCGGCCAGAGAGAGGGCACUGGUCAUCGCCGCCCAGCAGCGCAUGACGGACACCGAGAUCCGCCGGCGUCAGAUGACCGGCACCUUGGCGUGUGGCUCAGUCACCGCGGCCAUCGCUGCCUUGGGACUCUCUGACGAUCAUGUGAUCAACAACAACCCUUCCACCGUCUCCUUCAACGUGAAGCAGGAACAGAAGAAGUCUCCCGAAGGCACUCGCUUUUCGGUGGAAGUCAACUCCAAGUUCUUUGAAGCACAGCAGCAUUUCUUUGUGCCCUCUCCACUCUCCAAGAAGCCCAAGUCGGCUGGGGAUAUCGUCAAGAAUGGUCACAGGGUUGAAAGGUCACCUGCUGGGCUUGUAGGGACUUCAGGUGUGAUCAUAGAUGAUGGUGUUAUACCCUUACCGAUCCGCUUUGCACCCAAGGGGGCUGGUCAUUACCCCUGUCGUGUGGUGUUAAGAUCUCCUAAUGACAUCAGGGUGUAUCAGAUUGAAUGUUCAGUCAAUCCCGAAGGAACAGUGGCUCAGAUUGAAUUCACUGCACCUGUUCAUCAGUCCGUACCACAGAACAUUCCUGUUGUGAAUCAAACCAGCGUUGACUGGCCUCUGAAGAUCAGUAUUGAUGGUGUAGGGUUUCAUGGACCUCCAUUCCUCCUGGCCAAAGCAAUGCAGAUCACCUACUACCCACUCAUGUUUAGACCCACCUUUGAGUCCUUCAUAACGGGUAAGAUGAUGAUGCUGAAUACUGAUGAUGGUACAGAACAUCACUUCAAUCUACAAGGAGAAGGCCAGAAACCUCUAGCUCUGGAUCAUGUUGAGGUUGAGUGCCAAGCCAGACAGAAAGUGAAGCGUCUGAUCCGUGUCCCCAACGUGACUGGGAAGAAGAUGAUGUACCGAGUAGUUUCAGAUCUUCCUAUCGUCACUGGUGCUCCCACCAUCACUGUACUACCAUUGAAAGAGGACGAGUAUGCCAUCACCGUAUCACCAUGGAAACGAGGCAAAUUUGAAGGCGUCCUUUCUUUCAUUGCUGGGAGCACUCAGAAUUUGAGCGAUGAACCUGGUGAUGGUGACUUCAGCUCUGACCAGCCCCAACGUGAGCAGCGCCCUCUGAGUGGCAAGUCGUCUAUCAGCAGUCUGGCCUCAUCCUCUCAGAACACUGGAGUGAGCAAGGUCCGUGAUGAGACGUCGGGCUACCGUGUGUGGUUCUCAUUGGCUGUCAAAGCCACGCCCCCACCACCAGAGCGUGUCAUUGGUAUCACCUGUGCUGCUCAGUCUGCAUCACUGAUGGAGGUGGAGAUCUUCAACCCAACCAAGGAGGAGCUUACCUUUGAUGUAUCCAUAGAGGGGGAGGGGCUUCGUGGUGACCCCAAGGUGACCUUGAAGCCUGCUCAGAAGAAGUACUAUCAGCUGGUCUUUGCUCCUGCCAUCAUCGGACAAUCAACAGGAAGUCUGAUCUUCCAGAACGAGACCAUUGGUGAGUUCUGGUACUCACUGAACCUGACAGCGGAGACCCCCGCACCCACCACCCUGCCUCACAUGGAGUGUGAGCUAGGUAAAUGGAGUCGUCAGUUCAUCCCGCUGAGUAACCCCACCGAGGAGACCCUGGAGCUGUGUCCUAGCUGCACCAAUCAGGAGAACUUCACACUGGAGCUGGAUCAAGAGAGAAAGAUUGUCUUGGCUCCUCACUCAACCGAAGAAGUGCCUCUUCAAUUCAUGCCUUCAGCCCUGGGCCAGUCUACUCACACUGCAAAGAUAACCUUCAUGUGUGAACAGCUUGGUGACUGGGUGUUCAUAGCGUCUGGUACCGGUCUGACCCCCACACCCCUGGAUCCAGUCAGCGUGAGUGCUACCCUGGGUUCCAAUACCUCUCUCAUCAUCCCCUUCAGGAAUCCCACCUCAGAAAACAUCCUGGUUGAUGUUGUCCUCUCUGACAACACAGAGCUUGCAGAGAGUGCUAAGGGCCGUCUGGAUCGGAACCGUAUCAAGCCUGAAUCAGCCUUCUGCCUGCUCCUGAAGAGAACUGCCAGUAUCCCUGUAGGUCCAAAGGCCACUCUGGACAUCCCCAUCACCUUCGCUCCUGAUCGUAUGAACCUCCAUGAGGCGCUCUUUAUCGUCUCUAUCAAGAGAGAGAAUGGAGAGCACUGGGAUUACCUGCCAUCAAGUGACCCAGAUCAUCCAUCAGCGAGAAGGGACCAUGACAGGCGUGAGAAGAAUGGUGGUCUUCGAGACAUCCGAUGGCUCUACCCUAUCAACGGCAUCCCUGAGUCCCAGCCCAAGGUGGACCGUGGUGCAGUGGUCAGCUGCCAGGCUAGGAGUAGGAUUGAGGAGAGGUUAGAGGUCUCACUGACCGGUGCUGUACCAAGCUCAGCUAGUGGCUCUCAGAUGGUCAAGACUAGAGCGGUCACUCCUAAGGAUCAGAUCCAGAGUGUGGAGGAAGAUGGGGUGGUGGCUGGAGAAGGUAACACCCUUGCCAGUGAGUUCAGCUAUGAGCUUCUCUUCCCCAACGAUGAGGCCAAGGUACAGCUAGAGAAUGCCGUCUCUCUUCAGCUCAUACGCAAACAGAGGGAGAAGCUCUCAGGCAACAUGACACUCGUAUUCAACAUCAUCUAUGCACCAUUCAAGACUAUGAAGCAUGAUGUCCAGCUGUGUGUGAAGGCCACUACGGGAGGAGUAUGGCGCUUCCCUCUUGGCUUCAUCUCCUCUGAGCCUACCGCUGAUGAUCUCAUCACCAUAGAAUCAGUGGGACUUAACAAACAAGCCAUGGUUGGAUUCAGACUCACUAGUCAAGCUAGGCAUCCAGUGGGAUUCCAGUCCUACUUUGUAGCUGAGAGCGAUGUAGAGUUCUCAGUGAGUCCACAGACAGGAGAGCUCAAGCCUCUAGGUACACCUGGUACUCUCAUCACUGUAGGGUUCACACCUAAGCUCUAUGGAAAGACCUAUCAUGCCAAGCUCGUUGUACAGACUGCCGACAUGCAAUGGACCUACCAGAUCAAGGGUGUGACACCAGAAUACACCCCACCCACAGGACAAUCCCAGAAACCCAUCCAAGGACCCCACCCUAGUCCAAUCAGACGAAACAAACCCAAGAACUUCAUCCUGGAUAACCUAAGCCUCACCACCACGGCGGUCUCAUCGCCCAUCAAAGGUGCUCCGGUUCUCAUGAAGACUAAUGGGAUUUAACCCUGUGGAUACCAUUGGCAAAGAGACUAUGAAUCAAUCUGUUGUUGGUGUUCAAAAACUUCUGGCUUGUUCAAUGCUGUCGAGCACCGAUUACCAGCCAUGCAAGUUAAAUUGAUAUAGCACUGACGAUAUGCAUGGAUACAAGGAAUGAAGAUUUAAGGCAAAAAAUGCUUCUAUUUUACAUCUAAAAAACACAAGUGAAAUGGACUUUUGGAUGAUCAUAUAUUAAGCUCCUAUUAAUUACUACCGAAGGAAAUUCAAAUGCAGUGCCAUUGGAAAAAGGACAACUGAAGUCAUUAUCAGAGGCAUUAAGAGGUGAUCAAUUCACAGUUCAUCUUAACAUGACUGUAACUAUAUAAACCAUAAUGGAUCAUAACAUAACAUACUGUAAGAAAAAACGUAUGUGAAGAAUAAAAGUGAAUUUCUGGAUUAGCUAGCAUUGCUGAAAUUGAUUUGUAGUAGAAAGCUUAAUCAAAAGUAUGCACUAUCCACCACUCGUCUUGUAAGAAGUAUUAUGAUAGACUAAAACAAUUAUAUUUUGCUGAUUUCUAAGUGGAUAUGUCUUGCAGAUUUCAACAUUCCAGGCUUGCUUGCAAUAGGAUGUGUUGAGUGUACAAUAUAUGAAUAAAGUCACACAAGAAUUAAGCAAACAAUAAUGUCUUAAGAGCUCAGUUGUAAAUUUCAUGAAUUUUCAGAAUAAUAUUAGUAUUUAACUUAUGUCAUGCAUGCAGUGUACAUAUAUAUAUUAAAUAAUAGAUUUGAAUUGUUAGUCAUUCAAAGUUAUAUAACAUGAGAGCAAUUGAGAAAUCUUUGUAGAAUCAUUGUUACAGAAAAAUAGAAAUUUAUAUUUCUAAUUGUAAUAUAUUUGUGAGCAGAUUCUUGUCUGUAAUUCAUGGCCUAACCAUUACAGUCAUAUAGAACAUGUUCCAUAAACUUGUGUAUUGUAUGGUAGGAUAUAAAUUUAUUUUGAUGAUAUGCUUUUGAUUUAAGUUACUUACCUUGCAUAAUAUUGUGAUAUUUUACGAAAGCACCUAUGCACACUGAACUUGAUGCAAAUAAAUUUCACUCGUCAAUGAUUAUUAUGCUACAACUGGACGUUGAUGUAAAGAGUAAACAAAUUUUAAAAGAAAAUAUUUGCAAUGCUGUAUAUAGGAUAUGAUCAAGUGAAACCAGUGCUGUGACAACUGUUUUCAAAAUAUUACUAUCAAUUUUAAAGGUUAUUUAUAUAUGAUUAGUGGUGUCCAGUGUGAUGCAAUAUUUGACUUGUGUUUUCUGUAGAUACGGUAGUUCUUUAUUUUUACUGCGAUUGAUUUCAUUUGGGUGCAGUUUUAUUUCAAAAUAUAUCAUGAUGUACUACAGUGAAGCUGUUGUUCCUCCAAUGAAAACUAUGCUAUGUAUUGCUACAAUCCGUCCAAUAAGGCAACACAUUUUUCCAGUAUUCACUCAUUUUUCAUCAGUUUUUGUUGCUCACCAAUAAGUAUAAAGAUUGCUCUUCAUUGUAAUGUUUUUCUCUUCCACUGCUCUUACAAACAUAUUUCUUGUAUUAAAAUCUCUUAAACCUCGAUUCAGUCAGUUUGGUGCAAAAAUAUUGUUCACCACCGUUAAGUAUGAAAAUUUGCAAUGCACAAUUACAUAUCCUCUUCCACCAAUGCUGUUUUAUAUGUAAAUGUAUUUGGUUCUAUCUGCCAAGUUUCUGAACGCUUACAGCAGGAUAUAUAUCUGUAAAUAAGACUGAUGGCAAAUUUUAGUACAGUCAUUUUUGUUUCAACACCGUAAAGUAUAAAAUAGCACUGCCUUGUCACAAUUCAGCUCUUCUCUUCCCAAUUGAUAUUGGUACUAAAAUAUGCUAAGAUUUCAAAAGCUUUUUAUAUAUGUAUACUUAAUAAGAGUGAGGAUAUGUAAUGUAAAGUCUGUGGUAUGCCUUGUGAAAUGGUUUUGAUAUUCAUAUUUAUUUAAUUGAAAAUGUAUGUAUAUAUUUUAUUACCAGAUUGUUAUUCAUGCUGUGACAAGUUGAAAUUUCAAGCAAUUAAAUGACCCCUUGAAAAUGUAUCUAAAGAUGCAUCUGGUACAUUAAGGGGCACUAAAUGAAGGAGACACAAACUGAAGGUUGAAUGAACAACUUAAACAUGAAUAAGAGUCACACCACAGUGUAUUGCAUUUAAACUGUAAAUAUUUUAUUGUAAAAGAUUGCCUGCAUAUGUUUGUCUAUUGUAAUGUACACAACUUAUUUGAAAAUAAAAAGUCUUACUAAAUGGUA